CCAAAGCGAAUGUCACAGACGAUCGGUUUGUCUAUGGAUAAACGCUCGUAUUAUUGACAUUAUCGUGCAACGUGCAGUUUUGCUGUAACUUGACUGUAACAAUGCCAUGGAACGAUGAUAUAGUAUACGCUAUGAACCCUCUGAAAUUCUUAACUCUGCCAUUAGGUACCUGGCCGUUGCAAAAAUAUAAUACAUUUUCUUUAAUUCGUUCCAUCAUAUGCGGCUCCAGUUCGGCUGUGUUAAUGAUCACAAUGUUCCUGGAAGUGAAUUUCAAUAAUGAUAAUGCAUACGUAAAACUCGAUGAACUUAUGCUUAUGUGCUGCGCCCUUCUCUCUGUAUUAAAAAUAUUGUUCUUUCGCUUAUAUGCUGACAAAUUGAUUCGCAAUUUUACUUCGGCUGUCACCGAUUAUCUCGCGAUUGAUACUGAGGAGAAACGCACAAUUAUGCGACGGCACGCAUUUAUGGGAAGGAUAAUUUCUUACAGUACCAUAAUUUUGGGUUAUUUGGCUUCAACACUUUUUAUACUAAUGCCCAUGAUAACAGGUGAUAAAAACGCUGAAGUUAAUGUAUCUAUCAAGAAUCAAGCAGCGGAUUUACCCUUACCUUUAACCUGGACGUUAGGAAACUAUUAUAUAUCUACGGCUUUAUAUUUUAUGAUUAUUUUGGUGCAAUAUUAUUUAUUAUUACUCAAUAGCAACGGCAAUGUUGGUAGUGAUUCACUUUUCCUUGCUAUUACUCUCCAUAUUUGUGGGCAAAUGGAACUUCUAAAAAUCGACUUUGCCAAUUAUGGCAAGAAAAGUAAAAACAUGAAUAAAGAUUUUUCGCUUUUGAUAUCAAGACACCGUUAUCUAAUGGAACAUGCGGAACUUCUAACAGAAGUUAUAAGUAUCGUUUUGCUCGUGCAAAUGUUCUGCAGUUGUUUUGUUAUUUGCUUUGUCGGUUUAAAUCUUGUUUUGGCAUUGAAAGCACAUGACACAAUAAUGUUCACAAAAUGCAUAUCAGCAAUGAUGACUUUCCUCGUACAAUUGUUUUUCUACAGUUUCGUUGGCGAUUAUUUAAAGUGUCAAAUGAAAGAUAUUGCUGACUCAAUGUAUAGCUGCAAUUGGUACUGCUUUCCAUUUAAAUUUGUAAGAAAUUUUUUAUUUGUCAUCAUGCGUUCGCAACAACCUGUUCAACUGCUAGCUGGCAGAUAUUUUGUGGUAAACAUUGAAACUUAUAUGACCAUAUUAAAAAGUUCCCUUUCGUAUUUGUCAGUUCUGCGAGUGAUGAUAGACGCAUAGAACAGGUAAUUAUUAGAAAAAAUAUAUGAAAAAGUAACAUUAUACACACACAAUAAAAGCAGUAAGUCAUUUUGUAAAAAAAUUACUGUUAAACACCAUAAUUUCUUGUGCUGCAUAAUCAAAUUUUAAGUAAAUAUAAAUGCUUUUUUAUUCUUUUAAUAAGCGUAUUAUACUUUAUUCUAAUACAGGGAGUACUAACCGAUAAUAAGUGUAAUACUAAUAGCACUCGAAGGCAUUAUCAGUAAUAUGCGUAAAAAAGCAUGCGUUGUAGAAAAAAAUUUAAAAACUAAAUGAUACAGUAAAAUAACAAUUGUAAUCUAUUAAAAUAUAUUUUUUACACUUGCGCUCUCUUCUGCAUUUGUUUUACUACAAAUAUCAUGAAUAAACAUGAACAAUUGGAACAUAAUAUUUAUCCGUUUUUCGGAUAAUAAAUUGUGAUAAGCUUGUAAAUGACAAACAAAUUAAGCGAUUUUAUAAAAAAUAUAAAUUAUGUUUUGAAAACAAUAGAAAUAUUUCUUUUGCUUAUUUUGCUUUUCCAUUUAAACAUUUUAAUAAAUUAAAUUUGUGAUUAGAACUAACGUUGUUGCAAAAAUUUUUGUAGUAGAGAAAGCUAGAGGAUAUGAUUACAUGUAUAAAAAAUAAAUAUAUUGUGAACAAUUUUAUAUACAAAAUGUAUUUAAAGAUUUUUGAUUGUAUUGAAAACACUGUACGUGUUUUUUAAGAAGUUUAUGCACUCGAUUUUAAAUUAA